AUGGCAGGGUCUGGAACCCAGCUCACCCCGCCGCCGUCGCCGCCGUCUCCGUCUGCGUCUUUCUACGACAUGAGCGAUGAGGAAGAAAGCGAGUACAAUACCAUUUCCCACACCAAGUCGGGAAGGGGCGUGAAAUUGCUCUUUUCCAAAAGCAAGGUCUACGUCCAUCCUACGCCUUCUUCCAAAGACAACAUCCCAGGCUUUAUUGCACUGCUCCAACGGAAACCAGCUCCAGAAACAAGAACAAACAAUCAAUUAUCGUCGAGCUCCUCGCAACAUGCAGAUGCCUCGUCCUUUCUCCUCGCCUGGGUGCCGGAAUCGGCUCUGGGUGACGCCUACAGCACCUACGUCAAGGUUGACCUCUCCGAUAGCUCCUCCCCUCCCAAACAGACAUACCUCGUCCCCCCUCUUCCGACGACCACGACAUAUAAAGAUCCGAUCGGUUUGUAUGCCUUCGCGGUCCCGCUCUCCGAGAUAUACUCGUUGCUGGUUCGCCCGCCAAGUCUCGGGUGGUGGUUUGGGAGCCUCGUGAUCAACACCAAGGCGGGGGACAGCUUUCCCGCACUAUUUUUCCAUGACAGUGAAUGCGAAUCGACAAUUCUGCAGAAGAAAAAGAGGGCCCGCGAGAAUUUUGAUCCCUUUUCCGACGAAGGUCGCAUGUUCUGGGGUGGUGACGAGGUCUUAAGAUGGCUCAGGCGGUAUGUGGAGGUGCAGCGGUCCGGAGCAGAUCCAACCGUAUAUCUCAUCAAUCCCACGGAAGAGGACAAGAUGUCUUUUGGUCGGCCUCUGAGCGCAUCUGGAAAGGCGAAGGACCAGGCUAAGCCUCAGGCUGGUGCCAACCCACCUCGAGACGCUGCCAUGGAUCCCAUUACGAAAGCGCUGAAAGAGACCCGAUGGAGGGUGCUGGAAGGGCUCAGUAGAAUCACGACCUUCACGCGGAGAACGGCCAGCGAAAUAGCGGACAACCCGAGGAUUCCUCCGCAGGUCCGCCGCUUGAUGAAGAAUCCUGAAAUCCAAACAUUACAGGAUGAGUUCGACAGUGCUAGAAUCUAUCUAGCACGGUGGGCAAUGAGUAUCGCCGAGCAGAGCGAGCGGGAACGAAACCAGCGGAUCUGGACCGCACGGGAUGUCAUGGAGAUGGAAAAUAGCUCUGUUGGGGAUUUUGAGAUACUCGAACUUGAGACCGGCACGAUGUCGAUUCAAGAUCGUCGGAAGACGGUCACUCUCCAGGAGUGGAAAAGUUGGUUCGAUCCUCAAGAUGGAAGAUUACAGGUUACUGUCGACGAGGUCAAGGAACGAAUCUUCCACGGCGGCUUGGACCCGAAUGACGGGGUCCGAAAAGAAGCGUGGCUCUUUCUCCUUGGCGUAUAUGCCUGGGACAGCAGCGAAGAUGAACGGAGAGCUGUCAUGAACUCCCGAAGGGAUCAGUAUGUGCGAUUGAAGGGCGCCUGGUGGGAGAGGAUGUUCGAUGGCGACAGCACUAGUGAGGAGUACGAAUGGUGGAAAGAGCAGAAAGCUCGCAUUGAUCGUACCAUUCCUCUCUUCGCUGGGGAGGAUAUUCCUCACCCAGACCCGGACUCUCCAUUUGCCGAUGCGGGCACCAACGUGCAUCUAGAGCAGAUGAAGGACAUGCUCUUGACAUAUCAUGAAUAUAACCCCAGUCUAGGAUACGUCCAAGGAAUGAGUGAUCUUCUCGCUCCGAUAUAUGCAGUCAUGCAGGAUGAUGCGGUUGCAUUCUGGGGUUUCGUAGGGUUUAUGGAGAGAAUGGAACGAAAUUUCCUCAGAGACCAAUCAGGCAUGCGUGAACAGCUUUUAACUCUUGAUCAACUCGUUCAGCUCAUGGACCCCCAACUUUACCUCCAUCUCCAGUCUGCUGAUAGCACAAACUUUUUCUUCUUCUUCCGGAUGCUUCUAGUAUGGUACAAGCGCGAGUUUGCAUGGGCGGAUAUUCUUCGCCUUUGGGAAACUCUGUGGACGGACUAUUUGUCUAGCAGCUUCCAUCUCUUUAUCGCGUUGGCCAUCCUCGAGAAGCAUCGAGACGUCAUUAUGGACCAUCUCAGGCAUUUUGACGAGAUUCUGAAGUACAUUAACGAACUCUCCAACACAAUGGAGUUGGUUCCAAUUCUCACUCGAGCUGAGUCACUAUUCCGUCGCUUCGAACGGAGGGUUCAGGCCAUAGAUAAAAAGAACAACUUCCCCGCGCCUCCAGGCGCCCGCCAACGGCUUUCCAGUCCUGAUGGCUCAGACGCCGGAAAAGGAAAAUCCCCUCAGCGCGCAGCUUUCAGCACUGGCAACAGUAUAGGCCAGCAUGUUGCGCGCGGCGUCGGGGCCGAGAAGAAGGAGGAGAAAGAGAGCGUCAUCUCUCCGGAACUCCGACAGCUCCUCAGCCGGGAGGUCUUGACUCGAGAUUCCAAAGAAACAAAGGAACCCAGUGGAGGAAGCAGCGUUCAGCCUCGCUAG